AUGGAGCUCAGGCAGCUGGGCAGCAGCGACCUGCGCGUCUCCUCGCUCUGCCUGGGCACGAUGCUGUUUGGCGAGAGCACGCCGCCGGCGGAGGCGGAGCGCCUGUUAGGCCUGGCUGCCGAUGCGGGGGUCAACUGCUUUGACACAGCAGAGAUGUACCCCGGCCGGUCGGAGGAGGUGCUGGGGGCGUGGCUGCGGCGGCAGCGCCUGCGCCCGCGCUGCGACCUGGUGGUUGCCACCAAGGUGUCGGGGCCGGGCGGCAUGGGGUGGCUGCGCGGCGGGCCGGCGCGCCUGGAUGGCGCCAACAUCACCGCCGCGCUGGAUGCCAGCCUGCGGCGGCUAGGCACCGACUAUGUGGACCUGCUGCAGCUGCACUGGCCAGACAGGCAGGGGCUGCGCUGCGCUGGGCUGCGCUGUGGUGUGCCGCAGCUGGCCUGGCUUUCUGCUGACCUGCCGCCGCGCCACCUGCGGCAGCCUGCCUCGUAUGUGCCGAUGUUUGGAGACCUUGACUACGACCCAGCCAUGGCCUAUGCCGCAGCCAGCUUCGAGGAGCAGCUGGGGGCGCUGGCGGCGGCGGUGGAGGCGGGCAAGGUGCGGCACGUGGGGCUGAGCAACGAGACGCCCUACGGCCUCAUGCGCUUCUGCCAGCUGGGUGAGCGGUCAGGAGGUUGGCAGGCAGUGGCUGCUCAUGCCCAGAAGCAUAACGCCUACAGCCUGCUGUGCCGCACGUUUGACGCGGGCCUGGCAGAGUGCUGCCACGCGGAGCGCGUGUCGCUGCUGGCCUACUCCCCUCUGGCCAUGGGGCUGCUCACCGGCAAGUACCUGGCAGCAGGGGGCGGCCCGCCAGACGCCAGGCUGAACAAGUACCGGGGGCAGUACGCUGAGGCGGAGUCGCGGUACGGGCCAAAACCCAAUGUGCAUGUAGCGGUGACAGCCUACUGCCGGCUCGCAGCGGACUGGGGCCUGACAGGCGCCAGCCUGGCGCUCCGCUUUGUGCUGGCCCACUCGCUUGUGGCCAGCGCGGUGGUGGGCGCCACCAGCUCGCGGCAGCUGCAGGAGCUGCUAGAUGCGGCGCGGCAGCCGCCCUUGGAUGAGGGGCUGCUGCAGGCGGUGGAUGCCGUGCACAGGCGCUUCCCCAACCCCACGCCAUAA